ACCGUUGGAUUGAAAGUGGAAUAGUGGUGCGCACUGUACGUACGGUAGUACUACUGGCAGUCGAAGGGAAAACCCGUGAAAGAUUUGUAUUUUGUGAGCCUUGCCGCCAGACCGAAGAGAAGCAGCCGACGAUGGCCCACACAACACCAAUCAAGACACAAUCUCAUUCAAAGAACCACCCACGACAAGAGAUACAAGCCGAYGCCUAGCAUGGACGGUUCCAGACCAAAGCCCAAGUCGAAGCCAAACGGGAUGCGUCAGCGGGGAGGGAAAGGCCACAGGAGCAGUCCCAAGAAGAAGGCACCGAGCGAUGGUGCAGCGAAGAACGCGAAGGCUAAUCCAAACGCGAAUGCGAAGGCGAAUGCGAAUGGACCCGGUCCUUCCCCGCCCACCACAACGAAGAACGGACCCGGUGAGCUCGCAAUCUUCCUCCUGGUCACGGCCCUCGUCCUUUUGCCCUACGGCCUCCGCAACGCCUACCUCUUUGUCUUCCUCCAGCGGCCCGAAUGGCUGUCGCUGUCCCCCGCGAGCAGCUGGGUGUCCCCGGCAUUGCUGCGCCCUUCCGUGGGCGAGGCCGACCCCCGCCGGGUGCUCGUGGUGGGAACCAUGAGCUCCGGGACCACGCAGCUGGCCCACGACCUGGCMRGCAAGCCCCCGCUCGGGCUGGGACUGGAGAUCGGACACGAGAACUCCGAGACCUUGUGGAGCUUUGUCCGCGACGGGACCGUCUCCUGGUUCCACGGGAUCCGCUUCCUGCCCCGGCCCGGGAUCGACCUUCCCGGGAGCCUGUCGAUCGAGCUCCCGGCGGGCAAGCGAGCGGGGGGAGCGAGCGGGGGUCCCCGCAGCAUGGCCGUCGAGGGGGAGCUGCUCUUUCGGUACGCCGUCGGCAGCCUCUGCAGGGACCUGCACCCGAACAUGGGCUUCCACCCCUUUAUGUUUCGCGACGGCGGGAGGUGCUCGCUCCGGCAGUCCUGGAACGCCUGCUGGAGGGACGAGUGCGAGUCCCUGCUGGAGCGAGAAUGGGGCUGCGGCCUGCGGGACUCCUCCUCCUCGCCGUYGUCGUCGUCGCAGUCGUCUUCCUUCUCUUCCGGCUGCACCACCCCCUACCGCAAGCACUUGCUCCAGGUCCGGCACCCCCUCCGGGUGGUCGAGUCGCUCGUCACCAAGUUCUGCAUCGGAGGCGUGGCGGGCGAAGUGCAGCCCUCCUUUCUGCUGUUCGCCAGGGCCCUCUUUCCCCACAGCGAGGCCUUUUCUUCCGGGGAGACCAAGCCUUCGUGCAUCGAGGCCGCGGGGCACUAUGUCUACGAAUACAACACCGCUAUGCUCGGGGCAAAGAAGGACGGGCACAUCGACGAUGUGUUUUCCGUAGAGGGAGCCACCCCGUGUGCCGUCGCGAAACUGGCCGGCUUUCUGGACGAAACCGAAAACGAGCAGCGCCACGAGGCAACGAUCCGGGAGAAUCUCUYASAGGCCUGCCACRKSGACGCCGGGGACGCAAACCAAGAGCGAGAUUCCAACACCAAAACAAAGGUCAAUCGCCCGAUGGUGUCCACMCAAAACACCUACAACCAGGGCCGGCUCUCCCUGGACUGGGACGACCUCCUGGGUGGAAAGCACGGAAGCCAGAAAAAAGAGGGGGACCGCCAUCUCAGGGACCGRCUGAAAAAAAUGACACGGAAGGACUUUGGCUACGACUAGSRGAGGAUUCGAGGCGAGGCAUGGAAAAAGGCCCGGGGCACGACAGUUUUGUUUCGAACGUGCGAUGCAACGUUGGAUUGUUCGCGUUGAUCCAAAAAAUAGCAGGUGGUACC